GGGGGUCAGCGGGGGAAGGACUGAAGACAGGUCUCCCCACACAGCUCCCUUAGCCACAUUUGCAGACUCGUCUGUCUGUCCAGAACCUGCUCCCACCUCAGGUCCAGGCUGACAGUGAGCUGCGCGAUGGGCUCUGAGCUGGAGACAGCGAUGGAGACUCUCAUCAAUGUGUUCCAUGCCCACUCGGGCAAGGAGGGAGACAAGUACAAGCUGAGCAAGAAGGAGCUAAAAGAACUGCUGCAGACUGAGCUCUCCGGCUUCCUGGACGCCCAGAAGGACGCAGAUGCUGUGGACAAGGUGAUGAAAGAGCUAGACGAGAAUGGAGAUGGGGAGGUAGACUUCCAGGAGUAUGUGGUGCUGGUGGCUGCCCUCACAGUAGCCUGCAACAACUUUUUCUGGGAGAACAGCUGAGCAGACAGCCCCAGUGGGCAGCGCCCUUCCCCCUCACCCCACUUUUCCCUCCCUACACUCCUACCCUUGCCCACCCUCCACCGAGGGCGCAAGAGUAGUGGGCCAAGCCUGCAACUCAUCUUUCAUUAAAGGCUCUUCUCUGGCCA